UUGGCAAUAACGUCGUAAAGGCGCAUUGUCCAAAUGUGCAUGCUCCAGACCUUUUGCAGUCAUACUAAAGGGAGGAAAUAAAACUAUAUGAAACUCUUCAAAAUAAAGAAAAACAAAUGCAAACAAAAUAAUAUCUCACAUUUAGGAUAGAGACGAUUUCUAUAUCAUGACGUGAUCGAUAAAUUUUCGACCAAAAAAACAAAAGAAAAAACAUGACCAACACGCACUAGUUCUCAUUUUUCAUCAGAAAAGCACUUGGCUCACCGAAGACUCCCAAGAGGCCUAUAAAUAUCAAAAACCCUUCUCACACUCUUCACCAAAUUUUCAAAGACAACAUAUUAAUACACACCCCUCUCCUUCUCCACCAUCAAUCUCUCAAAGCAGGUUCGGUUCGUAGCAAAAGGUGGUGAUCAAGUUGUCUGUGCAUGAUGAAAGGGCCAGGACCAAAGCUAUGAAGACUGCAGUUGGGGUCGACGGUGUAAACUCAGCAAGUUAUCAGCAAGAUAAGAACCAAAUGGAGGUAAUGGGGGAAGGGAUUGAUGUGGUUCUGCUCACAACUUCGCUUAGAAAAAGAAAAAGCUUGAAGUAUGCUGAGGUGGUGAGUGUGAGCCUUGUGGAGGAAAAAAAGAAAGAGGAAAAGAAAGAGGAAGAGAAAGAGGAAAAGGAGGAGAAUAAAAGCGAGCCUGCACAGCUACAGUACGCCAUGGGUUGCCCUCAAUAUGUGAUGUCUUAUCCUUCGUAUGAAGAACCCCCCAAUAUAUACACCAUUCUGUGAUUAAUAACUAAUUAUAAGAUCCAGCCUCUCCACACACUCGGUUCCGCGUUAUCCAUAGUAGUAUUAUGAGAGAAAAACAAAACCAGUACUAAUUUCUUACCCUUUAGUUUCAUUUUCCACACCAUCAUUUAGAGUACUGCAUAAUAUAUAUGUUUAGUUUUCUGUCAAGGUCAAUGGUGAAAAUGAAAAUUGCAUAGUUUCUUUUCUGCUAUGAGUAUUUAAUUAUAUAAGGAAAUUGGUAUUUUCUUUUGCCUUCAAUUAUUCUGUAGAACUAGCUAUAAUGUUCUUCAAUUUGUGGUUUCCUAUUA